UCAGUUGUAAUAGAAUAUCCGCGUGUAUUAAGUCAGAAACAUCACGAGAUCUGAAACUUUACGAUGAAAUUUUUAAUUUUAUUUCUGUUUGUGUUUGUUGCACAAUGUUUUGGAUUCAUUGAACCUGUCAUUCCUAAUACAAAAGCUGAAGGAUGUAGAGGAGACAAAUGUGGAUCACAUUGUGCGUUGGAGGAAACAAAAAUUUUCCCUGGUGAAGAAUUAAAUCUUACUGGAAGAUGUGGUUUAUUUUAUUGCGCUGACAACUUUGAUAUUCAUAUAACGCCUUGUCCUUUUGACCCAAAUGGAGAAUAUGAAUGGAUAGGUGCGGACGACACCAAAUCUUUUCCUGAAUGCUGUGGAACGAAAACCAAAAUUCACAGGAUUUAAUUAAAAAAAUUAUCUGACUGUUGAAAUAAUUUGAAGAACCCUCGAAUAAAGAU